GAUCCAUAUUCUAUGGAUCACUCUGCGAAGAUAAUUUAUGGGAGUUGACGAAGAUCAAACCCAAAGAGAAAUAAAAAGAGUUCGAUGGAGGAAUUCUCACUUGGAGAAUGAAAAAAAAAUAAGAGACCAUCGCGCAGAGAUGAUUUACGAUCAUAAUUUAUGAGAUGUCCACAUUUCGUGGGUGCAGGUGCAGUACAAAAAAUAGAGACAAAAAUAGCACACAACCAAUAGUAAAAUAAAAAAGGGCAUAUCGCAAACAACAGUAAGAAAAAUAGGGUUCAAUGAUUGGAGAACAGUGUCUUAUAUAGCUGAGAUUAUGGUAUAAAAGGGCUGCCGAAAUUAGUAUAAUUGUUCAGUUGCCAGUGACUUCUCUUGAGAUCACUGGUUGUAAUUCAAGAAGUGAAAUAAAUACUUUUGGUGCCAACACCCUGUGUUAUUCACUAUCCGCUGGACCGAUCCGACUGGAGGAUUUCCUGAGGUGGACGUGUACUUGGAGAAAAAUUUUCAAUUUUCUAAAAAACCACGGCACUACAGCAUUACCAACGAGAAAAAAUGGAGUGGCAAUCGCAAUUGCAAAACCUUACGUUUUUUACGUAAAUCUCACCUACAGAAAAUUACGUAAGUCCUCCUAGCAAACCUUUCGAGAGACUAACGUUAUCUUUUCUGACAGUUCUGACGUAUUUAUUUCACGUAAUUUUGAAGUUAAGAUAGUGUAAUAAUUGCUAAACUUACGUUUUACUGACGUAUGUAUGCCUAGCAAAAAUUAUGUUAGUCCUGUAAAUGCACAAUAUUCAAAAGACUGACGACGUAUUAUUCACGUAAAAAUGACGUAGUUUUGAGCAACAUUUUGCUACUCGGACAUAAACGUGCUGCGCAAUCUUUUCUACUAGGACUAACAAUAGGAGACUUCAACACAAAGCACAAUCCCCUUGUCUCUAAAUUUCAAUCAGGAGUGUAACUUGAGGUAAGUGUGCUGCUUUUGCGCAUCGGAGACACGAGGAAAAGUGUGGUUCGAUGUUCAGGAAAAACGCCAAAAUGUGUUCAGCCAUAAGACCAUCGACCACACAGUCAUCGUGACUAACGUAGAAAAUCUAAAUAUAAAUCCCUCGAGUUUCCCAAUACAGAAUUUCCACAUCCAUAGGAGAUUAUUCUCAUUUCAUCUCGCUCAGAAUGUGGUGAAUUUUCAUCGAGAGAACACGCCUUUUAAACAAAGAUUUAUACUUUAAAAGAGCAGACAUUAUUCAAGAAGAUAGAAGUUUUUUUUUCUUUGGUAUCCAAGAGAGAUUUUCCUAAAGGAAAGUUUGUUCUUUUUUGUAGUUUCAAAGUGUUUGGAUUCUUCUUAAAGUGAUGCAAAGGAGCAGAUAUGGGUGAUAAUAGUGAGAAAAAUUGUGAAAAAAGUUCUCGUGAAUCCGAAAUGGAGGAAUUUAGGCAGAAUCUACGUGAAAAGCGUGAACAGCGUCAGACAGUUUUAUCGAAUUUUCGCAAAAAAUUUGCCAAAUUGGAGCGUGAAAAUAGCAAAUUGAGGGAUAUAAUUGAAAAUGCGGGACUUAAAGUGGAUUUUGAUGAUGAAUUAGAUGCAAAAUCAGCUGAUAUGUGUACAUCAUCAACCAUUGUGGCAUCUCCAGACGACAGUGACCAUCAACAGGAUGAUGAUGAUGAUCACGUCACAAGCAUCAAGACCAACUUGGCAGAAACCCAACAUGAAUUGCAAUUAGCAAAUGCAAACGUUCUCUCAUUGACAUCAGAGUUGAGUGCAAUCAAACGACAGGUGGUCUCACUAAAGGAGGUGAAUACAAUAAGUAAACAACUGAUGGAAAUUCGGGAAACUGAAGUUAACCAACUUAGAGCUAAAUUGAGGGAUAUCGAGGAGUCCAUAGCUGACCGAGAAAUGGUGAUAAUGUCCGAGAAUUUGCGGAAUGAGUACAUUCGGCAGUUGGACAACAUGAAGAACUUGAAGGUGCUGUACGAACAACGAGCUAGAGCUUCAGAUUUGGAGAUGGAGACACUCAGGGAACGCCUAAUUGCCAGUGAAAAUCGAUUGAAAGAACAAGUUGACAAAAAUCAAGAGCAAGAGAAUCACAUUCACCAACUCGAAAAUGACCUCUCAAUCACCCAAAAUCAAUUGGUCGAUUCAAAGUGUGAAAUUGAGACUAUCCAGACCGAAUAUGGUGCCAUCAAUCAACUAUUUGGUCGAAUGCUAAUGGGUUUCAAUUCGGGAAAUGACAAUUUGGAUAUUGAUAAAUUGACGGAAAUCCUGGAAGAGCACCGACUCCUCCUCUCAAACAUCACCAAUAACGAAGAAUCACUAAUUGCAAAUAAUUUCCUACCAAAAGUUCUAUAUGAUUUAGUAACACAAGCAACGGAGAAAGAAGACAAUGAGACAGAGAAUGAUGAGAAAACUGUUGAAAAUUCAUCAUGCUCGAAUGUCGAUAGAAGAGAAAUUUCCAGUACUGAGGAAAUUAUUGGAAAUUUGCCAAAAGUAUGGAGAAUUCUUACGGAAUUAUUGAGUCAUCAGAAGAAAAUUAAUCCUGUACCUCUGCAGGAAGAUGGUCAGAAUGAGGACUGUUACAAAUCUGUGCAGACACCCUCGGGUCCGCAGCUCGUGCUGAGUGUCAGCAAGACAUACAUCAAGCUAAAGAACUUAAUAUUGGAGAAGAAGUCCCUGACAAAGGAAACAAAUCGACUUAAGACAUUAAACAGUCAUUUGGAGCGAACACUGGAAUCGCAAGAGAAACGACUGGGUGUAGUUAGUGUUGAGCUGACAAAAACAUGGCAUUUGGUCAAUCGACUACAGCGUCAGCAUCGUCAAUUGCAUACCCAGGAGCAAGUGUUGCGGUACCAACUUCAACAGAAGCGAAGAUUAUUGCUGGAACUUAAGGAGGAACUUGAGUAUUGUCGUGUAAAAUGGGCAAAAGCCCGGGAAAAGAAUGAGGAUUCUGAGGUGCAGUGGGAGUCACUGAGACGUGAAUUUGCCAGUCGAAAAGAUGGAAGUGCAUCAGCUGAAAGUGGAUAUAGCGAUGAUCCUGUCUCUGAGGAUGAUGAAGAUGAUGGUAAGAGUGCUGGAGAUGUUGAUUCUGACGAAGAAAUUCAGAAAAUCCCAACAAUCAUCCCACAAGUGAUAGACAAAAAAAAUCCAUCUAACGAAACACUGGAAGAGAUGUUCAAUCGGAUAAGUGGAUCAGUGCAGGAGGAAAAUCCACCAGAAAUAGUUGAAAACACGUCACCAAGAGCUACAACACCCCCUGAGAACAAUCUUGAAAAUAAUGCUGCGAAUGUCGAAAAUGCAGCCACAUCCACAUCAAAUGCAUCCACCAGUGUUCUCACCGAAAAUGAAGAGGACUACACUGCAAGGCGUGCUGCUCGUUUGAAACGUCUCGAGGAGGAAUGCAAGACAUUUAUGGCGAAAAUGACAGAGAACCGAAAUCGUGGUUCACAGCUCUGUAAUCAUCUCGACCGUGUUCACACCCGAUUUGGCGAUAAUCGAACUGUCGAGGAGAAUGCAAAUGAAUCAAGUCUCACUCCCGAUACCACCACUAUCCCAACACCCUCAGAUCCAGAGACAACCACAAGGCGGACAACGCAAUUGGAGCAUCAUGAGGGAGAAUGCAAAUCAGUUGUGGAUGCUCAAAUGAGUAUGAUUGAGUGUAAUUUAGAACAGGUGAACAAUUCCACUGACUUGACCACAAACCCCCAAGGAGGAAUCCUCACUGCCACAGAAGAAAAUUAUACUAGUCGACGAAGCGAGAGAAUCCAACGUCUCGAGGCACAAUGCAGAGAACUAAUGGAUAAAAUGACAGCCAAUAGAAAUCGUGGUGAGGAACUAAGUGAUCAACUCGAUGAAAUGCACCAGAGAUUCUCCAGUAGAUCUUCCUCUGAAGCACCAUCAUCACAAUCCCCAGAUCCCCCAGAUAAUACCCCUGAAAACCACGAGAAAGAAGAAGACCCAGGGGAAAAUUUCCCAUAACUUUUCUGCCAAAAUCCUCCUCUCUUUAAUAAAAUGUAUCUGGCCUGUGCUCAAUGUUGGUGCAAUAAUUUUUCUCUCUAAAAUUCUUUUUUUUCUUUUCCUUUUUCUACGUAUAUAUAAUUUUCUAAAUAUAGUUUUAUUUCGACGAUGAAAAAAACCUAUAUAUAAAUAUAUUUACUGUUCAUUGUCUAUCUUGUGUACCUAACUGAAAAUGUGAAAUAUUAAAUUGUACUGUGGAAAAGAGAUUAUAUGAUGCAAAGAAAUUUUUGAAUGUUUUAUAAAUCAAUAAAUAAUAAUAUGCGCUCUUCGAAA